AUGAGCAUCACCAGCAGCAAUAUCGUCGUCGAGUGGUUACGCUCGCUCUACCUCGGCGAGUACGCCGAGUCGUUCCUCGACAACGGCUACGACGACCUCGAGAUCUGCAAGCAGAUCAGCGAGCCGGACCUCGACGCCAUAGGCGUGUUCAAGCAGAGCCACCGGCUUCGGCUUCUCCAGUCGGUCAAGCGGCUGCGUGAGGAGGGCGCAGCCAGUGUCUACUUUACCCUCGAGGAGAGCAGCGCUUGCCUGGCCGCGGCCUCAGCUGCCACCGACGACGAGGACGACGAUGAUGUUGGCAACGGCUGUGACGCCAACGAGGACAAUGACAACAAGGAGCGUGGCGGUGGUGUCGUGGGCGACGUCGACAACGAGGACAUACAAAGGCACCAUCCUGUCGUUGUCUCGAGCACCACAGCGAAAACGCCGGCGAGUGUGCAGGCUAGCGAGAACGAGCAGCAGCAACAGCUACAUCAGCAACUACACCAUCAUCAACUGAGCAGUCCGCUGGGACUUNGAAUGGGGAAAUUAGCAGAACAAUGA